CAGGCAGAGCUCAGAGCUGGUGGAGAAGCCUCAUGGCAGGGAGAAGUCGCACAAGUGCUUGGAAUGUGGGAAGGUCUUCAGCCAGAGCUGCAACCUGAUCAUGCACCAAAGGAUCCACACUGGGGAACGGCCCUACAAGUGUGGGGAGUGUGGGAAGAGCUUCAGACAGAGCUCCAACCUGAUUCAGCACCAGGUGAUCCACACUGGGAAACGGCCCUACGACUGUGGGGAAUGUGGGAAGAGCUUCAGAGACAGCUCUGACCUGAUCCGGCACCAGAUGGUCCACACUGGGGAAAAGCCCUAUGAAUGUGGGGAAUGUGGGAAGAGCUUCAACCAAAGAUCCCACCUGAUCCAGCAUCAGAGGAUCCACAGUGGGGAACGGCCCUACACCUGCUUGGAAUGUGGGAAGAGCUAUGGGUGGAGCUCAGACCUUAGAAAACACCAGCGCAUUCACACUGGGGAGAAACCCUACGAGUGUCCCCAGUGUGGGAAGAGGUUUCAAAUCAGCUCCACUCUCCUCAGACAUGAGCGGAUUCACACAGAGGAGAGGCCCUUCCGCUGCCCCGACUGCGGGAAGGGCUUCAACCGCGAAUUCGCUCUUGUCUGCCACCAGCGCAUCCACUCCAGGGAGAGGCCUUGAGAGUGUCCCGAGUGUGGGAAGAGCUUUUCCACGAGCUCAGCCUUGACCAGACACCAACGGAGGCACCACUAAGGGAAGCCCUGGGAGUGCCCCGAGUGCGGGAAGAGCUUCGUGCGCUGCUCCAGCUCCAUCCCCCAUGGGAGGAUCCACAUUGGAUGAUCCCCAGUGACCCCCGCUGGGCAGAGCCCUGGUGAUGCGUGGUCCUGAUGAUCCGUGUUGGAAGAUACCUGGCUGGGGGGCUCCACAUCUUCCUGGCUCCCUCUGGGCACUUGGAUAUAUGCAGGGGCAGGAACAUCCAUCAGGAGGCAGGCCAAUAAUGCGAUUUCCUUUGGGAGAGCAGAUUUGUUGACUUUGAACCCC